AUGUCACUCGAACAGUAUGCAUUUCUUAGAUUAUCGUUAUCGGUAGUUUCUGACCAAACUGCUAUUUCCGCAACAACUUCACAAUUUUGCAUAGCCUUAAAUAAUCAAAAGGGAAUAAAUGGAAUAGCAAUAAAUCAAAUUUCUCCAAACAAAUGGAUAACAAAUAACGAGAUGCAAUACUCUUAUGGAUGGUUAGGUGAGAAAUGGAUAUCUGGUAUACCAUUUAACAUUCUUGAGAAGUGGAAUUGUGAAGAAAUCUUGAAUCUCAAGCCUUUACACAGAUUUAUGACGGAAAUUGGAAGAUUAGAUGCCCAGAAAUAUGGAAACCAUUUUAUUAUAGAUGAACUGCAAACUUCAUUCAUAUUCGAUGAGAAAAAUGAAACAAUAACAACUAGAAAUUGUGGAUUUAUUGAUCUACAUCCGAUGAAAGGAGACAUUAUUGUCGAUAUGGGGAAUGAUAACAAUGUAACUAAAAAACUUAGAAGAAAACCGAGGAAUCAAUUGCUCAUGAUUGACAGAGAUUAUUGA